UUUCAUUCGAUUGGCUGGUAUUUCGACAAGAUUUUUGCCGAGAUCAGACCUGGAACUGGAAUUGAAACCAUUGGAAAAGGCUGGAUCGGAUACGAAUCUGACCACAGCCGUUAGUGCCCAAGAUGUCGGAGUAAUUGAGCAGACGAAAAGCCGUGUGUGUAUAGGACGUUCGAGAAGCCCACAGAGUGGGCGAUUGUGGGUCCAUCCGUAAGCGAUCGGAUUGUCGUCUGCCGCAGUUGCAGGGUUUGGUAAUUUUUGUCGCAUCUCCGACUUCCCAACCCUCUCUUCGGUGUGACAGUUUCCGUGGCGACCACCUUCGGAAAACACCCCGGAAUCAGCGACCUUGCGUCUAGAAGCACAGUGUUUGCCCAGCGUUAAACCGGCAGGAUGGAAGCCCUGGUGGAAAACACGGCUACUUCAACGCCAAGGUUUUACUGUCAUACAUGCAACAUCGAGAUCAGCAGCAUUUCAUCGGAGUUCACAUGUCCGCGCUGUUCACAAGGCUUCAUCGAGGAGUUACCGGCGUUGCCUGCUUCCAGCCCUCCGCCAUUACAAGACCUAGGCCAACCAUCGGGCGAAUACGGCCACCCACUAAAUGAGCAAGCGAUACGGCUGGCUGGGGAGAUUUUUACAAACACUUUGCUUUCGCCAUUUUUCCGCAACCACAACGAUCCUCGGGAUGGGGAUGAAGCAGGAACGUCUUCGAGUGCCGGCAAUGGUGAUCAUGCCAUGUACACGCUAGACGACAUUCCUAUCGACGGCGGCAGCCAACCUUCGGGUCCGUCCGGUGCUGGAGGUCCCAUCGGCGAGGGUGGCGAAGGGGCAGCCGGAAGCAGUGUGUCCACCGGUGUCGGUGGUGUUACGCUGUUCGGUGGUGACCCACGGCCGUCGAUGCGAUUCCCGGGACGACGCGGAAGCAGGAGACGCGGUAUGCAAAACAUCAAUCACGUCGAUCACAUCCUACGGGAGAUUCUGAUAUCGGUGUCGGGCGGGGCGAAUGGUGGUGCUGCCGGCGGACCAAUGUUUUUCAUGGGCAACCCGGGAGAUUACGCGUGGGGUCGCGAAGGUAUCGACACGAUCGUUACCCAGCUGCUCAACCAGAUGGACAAUACCGGCCCACCGCCGUUGGAGAAGGAACGGAUCGCGGAAAUACCAACGGUCACAAUCAACGCGGAACAGGUCGAGCGGAAGCUGCAGUGUUCGGUGUGCUUCGAGGACUUUGUCAUUGAUGAGUCGGUUCGGAAGCUGCCGUGCAUGCACGUGUAUCAUGAACCCUGCAUCAUCCCGUGGUUGGAAUUGCACGGCACCUGCCCCAUUUGUCGCAAGAGCCUUACGCCAGAACAGUCCCAAGCGAGCCCCCAAUCGCAAUCGCAGCAAACACAGGAAAACUCCACCGAAACGCCCCCAGAGGAAAGCUCUGAAUCGAACCAGCAGCCGCAGGAACAACGACCGCAGCCGCAGCAACUGACACCCUCCUCGCAGAACCAACAGGGUGUGAUUACCUUCAGAAUACAGGAUCUGCUUCCUAUCCUUUCAGGGCCAUCGAUGACAAACAUGGUGGUCGAGAUGGGCCCAUCCGGCGUCUCAUCAUCUAGUCUACCACAGGCCGGCGGCAACGUCUCCAGAAUAGCACCCACUCCUGGCAGUGCUUUCGCGCGCCGAUCGAACGCACCGUCGGCACCCUCUUCUUCACGCGGUUCCCGCACCACCAAUGAGCCGGGUAACAGUAAUCGGGAUGACGAUGGAAAUAUUGAUAAUACGCUAGAUUUAGAUUAACCAAAAAAAAUUUUCAAAAAAGAAACGAAAAAACACUUCCAGGGACAACCCUAGGAACAGGUCAUAGGCGUAAUGAAGAUGGUUAAAAAAUUUGGGUAAAAUUUAACGAUGGAGUUUGACAGUGACAGGGAAUGGGGAAAGGCAUGAACAUAAUAUACCCCAAACGGUUAUAUAUUACAUACAUUUUCCCCCCUUUUCUCGGUGAAGGAUGUCAGUCUUAAGUUAUUAGCUUGUAUAACGACUUACAAAAAAACAGGGGCACGAUUUAAUGCGAGCCUCUUUGAUCCGGAUAAAUUGAAGAUGUCUUCUUCUUUAUCUACGACAA